AGGUGCUGUAGCCGUUGCCGCUGUCAGCGGCUUUUCGGCGGCACUGGCGCUGGCGCUUGCAGGCAGAGGGCCGCCGCGCCAGCUGGGCAUGCGGACACCGGGAGUGCGAAGGGCUGACGAGGAGGGCGCCGCGGGCGACCACGCCGCAGGUUGCUUGACGGCUGUGCAGGGCGACGCGUGCUACAAGAAGGUCAAAUGGGCAAUGACGGACGGCAUCCAUUCCCACCCGGAUUGGUACCCGGGGCUCGACGAGCACUCGGCCUUCGCCGAUUUUCAGCGCUUGCUGCACAGCAACGACGAGGUGGACUGCCAGGAGCCCUGCGAGCCCGCGGGCGGCGAGUCCAGCUGCGCCCAGCUCGGCUGCGGCACGGAGUUCGACCCGCGGAGGAAGUGCCAGUGCAACGCAGACUGCCACUCACACCACAGCUGCUGCUCUGACUACAAGGACGUGUGCCACACCGACGAGGGGCACGCGCCGGGCGGCGCGCACCACGCGCACCACGCGCCCAGCAGCACGACGUCCAGUCCGGCGAAGGUCACGACCACGCCCUACCCCGGCGGGCCGGCGCCAGACUGGUGUUACCUGGGGUUCAACGGCGAGCCGUCCAUGGAGUAUUUCUGC